UCACUUUCACCCUCCAUUGCUCUCUGCAACUUCUCAUCAAUUCGUGUUUUUGUUCAUUUUUGCAAUCAAUGGAGUCUACAGAUGCUUCUUCUUCACUGUUGAAUACAUUCAAAUCGAAGAAGAAACUUCAGAUUGUAUCCGACCCGGAUGCAUCCGGAGCUCCGUCUCUAGAUCCAUGGAGCUCCAAAACCCCUGAGAAGACAAUCGUUCCUCCUCGCCGGACUCGGAAUCGGAAUGCUGCGUUUUCAUUGAAAGAUAUCCGACAGGCCGCACAGAAGCUCCGGAAACCUGACCCGACCCGCCCGAAUUCCCAGACUGAUACAUCAUUGAGCUCUGUGAAAACACAAAUGGAAGAAGCUUCAGCAGCUAAACCGAAGAAGCCUGUAAAUCCAGUAAAGCUACCAGAGAAGUACAAAUUGUUGGAGGAAUUCUUUGGUGGCUUGGUGAGUUCGAUUCGAUUGCUGCAGUUGAAGGGUUCUUCGGCAACAUUUACAAAUAUUAGUGCAAAGGUGGAGUGUCUAACAGAUAGGAGGUUUACUUACAACCACUUAGCACAACUGAAGUUUCUUUUACCUGAGGCUAUCGAGAUAAAGAAGAUGCUUGUGUUCGAUGAAAGGACAACCUGUAUGAAGCCUGAUCUUCAUAUUACGUUGAAUCCUAAUGGAGUUGAAGGAGAUAAGAAGCUGAAAUCCUCGCGUGGCACCGAACAACUGAGGACAGUCUUCAGCAAUCGGAUUUUGGAUUUCUUUAAAUCCCACCCUGAGGGAAAUGACAUUCCUGAGGAAGAACUACCAGGAGCGUUUGGUGCGUCUAAGCAAGAGCUCUUGACGAACACAUCAAGUCCUGCUGGUGCACAGUUAAAGGAGGAGACACCAAUUGGCUCAAUGCAGAAGCCGCCAGUAGCUGUAUCUCAUCUGUCUCAAUCUUUCAGGCGAUCCUUUUCUCAUCGAGCGUCUAUCGGUGUAGUAGAGAACGUAAAGCAACAAACAACAGUUUCUCAAACUUCAAUUCCUCCAGUGUCAGAACCCCAGAUUACCAAUUGUCCCACCAACACCUCUAAAUUGCUUUUGACACAAACUAGGACCACAAGAUUCUCAACACAAGGGGUUCAUUCUGCUACUUUACCACCAUCUCCUCUACCAGCAACUCCAUUAAAAAACACAAAAAGUGAAGAUGGUUCGUGUUUGUUAAGUGCUGAAAGUACUCCAGCAAAACUUGCAUCUACUCCAGCAAAAUUGAUGAGUUCUACACCUUUGCUCCAACCUUCCAAGAGAUGCUAUAUGACUCCAGAUGGCGAGUCAACUGAAUCACCAAGAAAGCUAGUGAGGCGCCCCCCUCCUAGUAGGUCAUUGACCUUUAAUACUCCUGUAAAGAGUUCAAAAGUUACAGAAGAAACCAGCUGGAGCAGAGAAUCAUCAACAGAUGAUGAAAUCUUUGACAUUCUUCCAGAGAAUCUUCUGCAGUCAAUAAGGGCAAAAGAGCAGGAGGCACUAGAGGAGCUAGAUCCAGCCAUAUCCCAAGCAAAAUGGCGCAAGAAAAUGAUUUCGAUCUUGCCUAAGUUUUUCGACAUGAUUUACUUCCUAUUUCACUCAAUUAACCGAUAUGUGAUUACUAAAGAAGAGCUUACACACAAAGUGAUUUCGAGCCAUCUAGCUAUUGCUGAUAAAAGAGAAUUUGAAGAGCUACUCCGGUUAUUGCAAGAAAUAGCUCCUGAAUGGAUCCAUGAAAAGCUGUCAUCUAGUGGGGAUCUUCUCUUGUGUGUUAGCAAGGUAUCAAAUGCUGAUUCAAUACGCACAAGGAUUGCCGAAGCAAAGUAAGAAAUCAAUGGCAAUGGGAUCUGAAUUUGGCCCCGAGUUUUCCAAGUGGAGUUGUAAAUGAUAGUUUGGCUAACUAAAUUAUUUC